CACACACACACACACACACACACACACACACACACACACACACACACACACACAUGCACAGACAGACCCCCCUCUCACACAGGAGUAGAUAGAGAGCGGUGAAGAGCAGAAGGAGCUGGGUGGCAGGAGAGAUGCAGGAGGGUUGUUGUUGAUUGAACAAAGCCAGGAAAGGAGUGCGCAGUCCUGGGGAGAAGAGCAGCUGUGAAAUGCCUCGAAGGGAGCCUGCUAACAACUCCUGCAGAGACCUGAAGGUGUUGAGCUUCAGCUGAGGAUGGCAGGAGAUUCUCGAGUCCUCAUGGACCACAACAUGGAGAUAGGAGUCACACCUGCACAGGUGAAGAAGCUUCCUAAACACUUGCGGGAGGCUCAGAUCUCGACAGAGCGAACCCACUUGAUUUCUGACCCGGUGAAGAAGCCACGUCAGCGAUACGUGCAGAAAGACGGAAAGUGCAACGUUCAUCACGGAAACGUGCAAGAGACCUACCGAUACCUCAGUGACUUGUUCACUACGCUGGUGGACCUACGCUGGCGUCUUAGUCUCUUCAUUUUCACCUUGGUCUAUAUAGUCAACUGGCUUUUCUUUGGCUUUCUCUGGUGGCUGAUAGCGCUCAUCCGUGGGGAUCUGGUGCAUGCUGAUGAGGAGGGCUGGACCCCCUGUGUGGAGAACCUCAACAGUUUUGUCUCAGCCUUCCUCUUCUCCAUUGAAACAGAGACCACCAUUGGGUACGGUUAUCGUGUAAUUACAGAAAAAUGCCCUGAGGGUAUCAUACUGCUUUUGGUGCAGGCCAUCUUGGGUUCCAUUGUUAACGCCAUGAUGGUGGGCUGCAUGUUUGUCAAGAUCUCACAGCCAAAGAACCGCGCCGAGACCCUCAUGUUCUCGCACAAUGCUGUCAUAUCGGUGCGAGACAACAAGAUGUGCCUGAUGUUUCGAGUGGGGGACCUGAGGAACUCUCACAUCGUAGAGGCAUCGAUCAGAGCGAAGCUGAUCCGCUCGCAGCAGACCAAGGAGGGGGAGUUCAUCCCGCUCAACCAGACUGAUAUCAACAUCGGCUUUGACACGGGAGAUGACCGGCUGUUCCUGGUGUCCCCGCUGAUCAUCUCUCACGAGAUCAACCAUAAGAGCCCCUUCUGGGAGAUGACAAUGGCGCAAAUCGAGAAGGAAGAGUUCGAGAUCGUGGUUAUCCUUGAGGGCAUGGUGGAGGCCACAGGGAUGACAUGUCAGGCUCGAAGUUCCUACCUGGACACAGAGGUGCUUUGGGGCUACCGCUUUACACCGGUUCUCUCCCUGGAGAAAGGCUUCUAUGAGGUAGACUACAACAACUUCCACGAUGUCUACGAAACCAACACCCCCACCUGCAGUGCCAAGGAGCUAGCAGCUAAGCUUCGGGAGGGGCCACUAUUGCCUCAGCUUUCGCUCCGCAGCCCUGAGCCCAAAAUGCAUACUUUUGACCCCCUAAACCGCAUGUCAGAACGGGACCCACUCAGCCCGGAUGAGGACAAGGAGGAGAGAGAUUCAGGGGGUGACAGAGGAGAGACCAAUGGCUCAGCUGCUGCUUUGGAGGAUCCGCCGCUUGCUGAUGGACUGCCUGGCUAAUGUGACUAAUGGCCACAUCAGCUAAAAUCCCAGGACAGAGACUGGACAGGAGGACAGGACAAUAAUGCUUAAUUUAGUCAAUGGCCAGGUUGUUCCUUUGCAGUGCUUGGAGAUAGAAGACAUCCAUCUCCAGCCCCCGACUCAUGCAAUACUCCUCCACUAGAGUGUCAAUUUAUAGUUUUGAUUGUUUUUUUUAGACAUGUAAGUAACAUACACAGACACACACGUACAGUAUAUAUAUAUAUAUAUAUCUACACUUAAAGGUUGGUGGUUCAGAUUUUCUUUUUACGACCGUAACAACCACUUACUGCUGUAACAGCUCAAGUUGUAUAAUGUAAACUUGAGCUGAAACUGGUAGCCAUGACGGAGUACCAUGGGCUUAUUAUGGAUGCACCAAUAUUCUCAUUUUAGAGUGUGUUGUUUCAGCUAAAUUCGAACAGAGUAUCAGUCUCAUAACUCAGCUAAUGUGUCUGACAGCAGCUUCUGAGUGAUAAUGGAACUUUGUUAUUGAUGAUUUUGAAAAGUUGUGGGGGAUUAUUAUUUCCUUUCUCUGUCAGUGUUGUUAUUACUCUGUGUCAGAAACCCAAUUUACCCAGGAGGAAAUGUAUAGGGCUUCUAGUUUGCAUAGGCAAGAGAAAACGUAGGAAAUUUUUCUAUAAAAGGCAACGUGUACUGGCAACCACUAUCUAAAUUUGUUUUCUUACAGUAGUUCACAACUUCCUCAUGGUUGUACUGUCGUAUAUAUUUUCAUUGUUCGUCUUAUUGUCUCCCUAACAUACUGGGAGCCUUGACCCAAAAGAAACCAGCUAGUACCUAAUUUUAUACUCAUUUUCAGGGUUGGAAAUUAACAAUAAGAAAUAGGCAAAUGCUGGUAAAAAGCUGUAUAUGCUACUAACUGACUAUUUUGAAAACGACUUGACUGUUGAUUUAAUUUCCCUUCCCGCUGCAGCAACUAAAACAUUAAUUCCAAGCCCCUUUCUUGGUAGGUAAAGCACAAUUUCCCAUGAGGUGACUCCACACUGAUCUGACCUCUCUGCUACUGGCUGAUGCAUGUCAGCCCUAGUUACAGUAAAAGUAGAUUCAAAUAUUUAUAUGAAACAUCACUGCUCAACUGCUAUUUGAAAUGUUCUUGAUUUUUACACACCACACAUGAAAAUGUCAAAUGCUCCACAAGCAAAAUUAAAUACUCAGUGGUUCCUUUUUAUGUUUGUUUUGUUUUUGUUUUAAAUAUUUAAAAGAUAUCCAACCCUGGUGUUUUUCAGCUACAUAAAAGUUGAGUCUACUGAAGAUAGGAGCAGGUUUUCUGUCUAAUCUGACUCUAAUCUAAGUUAGUAUCUGGCCAUCGCAUUACCUGCAGUAUUUGCCUUCUUUGUAAUUAUUUCCUCUGAACUUUUCACCUUUAGCGUUCACCUCAUGAAUGGAAGUCUUCUUUGUCCACACACACUUGGUUCAAUCUGCACAUUGGCCUUAUUCCACAAACCACCCCUGAGUCUAUUGCUUGAUAUAGUUUAUAGCCCUUGUGAUGCUGUUUAGGAAGCCGACACAUGUCCUGUGACGGUCAUAGCCUACAGUAUUCUUUGACUUUUCUUUAAAAGGAGACAUGUCAGAGCUUGAAUGCAUGAAUCAACCCCUAUGCGUCCCAUUUCUGAGUUUGUUUAAAUACAGUAAGAAAUACAGGGUAUUUUCUAGGCAUGCAAAUUAUGAGAUUUCUACAAUAUAUUAUCAGAUAAUGUAUUAAUAUUCAAUUAUCAUUUGUUAAAAGAAAAAUUCCUGAUAGUUUAAAAUCUUCAACUUCCCAAUUCAAUGUUAAAUCGCUUUGUUUUUAACAGACGGUUCUCCAAUCAAUGUGUUAUUUUCACUGUGGCAUUUUAGCAUCUUACUAUGUAUUCCAUUUGCUAAACGAUCGUUUGUCAUUAGCGAGAGAUCGUCUUUCAUUGCUGGAAUGUCAUCUGUUGUCUGUGUGUUCUCAUGGGAAUAAACAUAAUAUGGCCGAAAGAA